AAUGUUUUGGGUCUGUGCUUUAUGCGAGUUGCACCGGUGUAGAGACAGUAAGUGUUUCACCCUGUAUGAGGAUUUUUAGCUUCAUAACCAUCGAACAUCAUCGACACAGUCUUUGAGAAGUAAGUCGAAGUAUAUAUUAAAGGCCUAAGAUAUAAUUUAGUCAUCUAGGAGGUGAAGUGUGGUUUGUCUGCUGGUUUGCUGAGCUUACUUGUUGGGUUUAAUAAUUGAGCACUGGCUAACGCUAGCUAGCUUCGUUCAUUUUAUGGCAGGUGUAGCUCGAUACUUUAGUCAUCCGAGAUUUCUAUUUUGCGCAAGUUUUGUGAUAGAAAUGUGUUAAAUGCUAACCUCAUCUACCCAUAAAUGGGAUUUCAAGUGAACGAAACACACCAAGAAGUGAAUGAUUGUUAGCUUACCUGUUAGCACUAGCAUCAUGAAACAUUAGAGCGACCUGUUGUCUCGCAAAGGUGCGCACUGUCUGAAAUCAUUUUUUACUGGAGAGAAAAGUUUGUUUUUAUAGAAGAGCACGUAAUUAACACAACCUUUUUAAAACUCUCAUUCAACCCAGGAGCAUUUCAUCAUAAAGGGUGUGAAAAUAUUGACCCCCGCACCACGGCAGCUCGUCUGUCUGCUCUCAGUGCACCGGAGGAGGAGGAAAUAAAAGCCCACAAUGUUCAAUCCUCACAUCCAUCAGCAGCAGCAGCAACAACAACAACAGCAGCAGCAGCAGUUUCACCAGCACCUGCGGCAGCUACAACAACUUUUCCAGCAGCAGCCCCCGCCCCCACCUCCGCCGCAACCGCCUCCGGGGCACCAUGUCGCCCAUCACCACCCUCAGACGCCCCGGUAAGUUCGCCACCUCGAGCCCGUGGAUCGGGGCAGGGCCCUCCGUGUGAGAUAUGAGCGUCUGGCAAACAUCAAAUAGCAGACUGUACUACUCUAGAGUGGCUCAAAGUGUUUAGCCGUAUAUAAAUGAAUAGCAUUUUGAUUUAAGUGGUGUAUUUUGGCAGCUUGGGCUCUGGUGGUUGGGAUUAAAUUGAGAAAACUACAGGUAAAAAGCUUGUCUUGUUUGUCCUUAUCUUGCAACAUUUUUACUAAUGUGACACAAAAAUGUUCAAGUCCAACCAAAACUACCCUGUCUUUCUAUAUCACAUAAUUGCUUAUGUGUUGGACUUCUCCCAGACUCUGUUGUCUAUCCUGUCUACAGAUAUGAUGGUUAGAUUGUAGGUGACAGACAGUGAUAUUAUGGGACUACAGACUGUAAAUGUUGAUUGAAAACAUUCGUCCUGCCCUGGCACUUCUCAAAAACACCAAAUUAAAGUUAAUUUUGAUCAAAUUAGUUCUGUCAAAGCAUAAUGUAGACUGUAAAUUUCUGUCAUAUUAGGGGAGAGUGGGGUCAGUUGAGCCAAAGGGUUAAGGUCCUUUCACGCCGGGAGCGUUUUUUUUGUGCAUUUAUUUCGGAUGUCAAUACAAGCAUUCACAUCAGCGACGUUUUCCCGUCCUGCAAUAUUGCAGUUUCGCAUACUGUGUGUCCACUUCUUACCAAUAAGAUAGCGUGUUGUUGCGACGUCUGAUUCACCGGUAUAUCCAACAUGGCCGACUGGCUGAUUGUUUACAUGUCUGAGAUCAGAGUGCUUUUUGAUAAAGACACAAAGACACAAACAUUACCAAGAUAACCACCUGAAGGACAACAUAGCGUCAUAUUUCUCAUAUGACGAUGGUUUGUGUGCUUUAACAGUUUGCUAAAUGUCAUUGUUUUAACUUUCAUCUGUGCUAAGUAACUUUAGCUCGUAAGCUAACCUGUUCAGGUACAACAUACCAUAUGUAUUUUCACUGUCUCAAACUCAAUCGCGUUGCUGUCACAGCACCAUUAGGUCUCGGUUAUUACCUUACGUUUAUGGAUUAUAUUUGAACGCCUUUGUUUUAACUUUCAUCUGUGCUAAUGUAUGCUAACGGUUGUUACCAUAGUUUCGUGUACUUAUCUUAUGGCCUCUGAUUGGCUGUAAGUGCUGACUGUUUGGCUUGAGCGUGUGAUGAAGUUUUCAGCUUUUCUAGCCAAUCAGAGGCGAAGGAGGCGGGACUUUCUCUGGGAAAAGUGUUCCCCGGGAUGCGUCUCCCCCCCCAGAAAGUCGCAGAAUCGCAUCGGGCUUGAUGUGUAUAGUCAGGCGCGUCAAAAUUCACCUCUGACUAUUUCGUAAUUUUGCGGUCUAUAUUCGAGUGGGGGUGCAGUAGGGAUACGGUUCAACUUACCCAUACACGGGGUAAGUUGACCAUAGGAGACCACUUUUUUUUGGCAUGCUAUAUUAUCAACACAGUUAUGUUUACACUCAUUCUGUUUGCAGGGAUUUAAAACAUCCUGAAAUAUAUGCAGAUUCUUUAGUAAGAGACAAAAUUAUGAUUGCCUUGAUGUAGUGAUCCGACAUAUGAAAAAUGUCUCAUCUUACCCCACUCUCCCCUACUGGUAUGUGGUGAUUUUUGUUUUUAACUUAAUUCUGAUAACAUGCCUAUUUUUCUCUUACAGUUUUACUUCCCUUGUCAGUCUGACUUCAAGUUACACUGUUAGGAGUUAAACCUCUGAGCGUGAAUAACCAGUGUUUUCAAACAUAAUUUUAAGAAGCUUAUGGGGAAAUACUUUGCAAUCAUACUCUAUAAAAAGUGUCUAGGCCAAAGCAGGGUCAGAACACAAGCCUCAGUGGGUACAAAGGAUUACUUAAAUUUUCAUCCUAGUCAUGAAAAAAUGUCAUGGUUGGCUUCCAGCUGUACUUUGAAAGAGGACUUGUUGUUUGCAGGUUUUUUUUAUACUUUUUUACGACAGGAUAAGAAGAGAACAUUGCACAUGUUUGAGAAUACUUCCAGGCCCAGUUCAUGCUGCAUGUUUUUCUAAGUCAUGUCUUUUUUUUUUUUUUUGCUUAGGGCCAUUCCAGUUCCUCCCCAGACAGCUCCUCCUCCCAGGAUGGUCAACCUAUGUCAGACCACCCAGACCACCAUCAUCGCCCCAAAUCCCAUGCUGCAGGGCGCUUUGCUGAUGCAGCAAAUGCAGGGUAAAACUUUGCUUCAUUUUUAAAGACAACAGUAUCUGGAAAAAGACAAAAGCAACAGUCUUCAAAAGUGAUUAUUUGAUUUUAUGAUUUUCUUAUUUCCCUUUCUUUUGCCUCUGCUUUUACUCAGGUAAAAUGCGUGGUUUUGGGAUGGGUGGGCAGCAGUUUCGGCAGUUCUUCACAGCCGGAACCCGGUCAUCUCUGCUUGGACCUGUUCCAAUGGGCAUGGCCAUCAAGACCCCCAUGAUGGGUUUCCCAGCUGCUCGAAUGUUCCAUCCGCAUGCCCGCUUCCAUAAUAACGCUACAGCAGCCUCCUCCGCCUCUUUCUCCUCCUCCUCCACAACCACGGUAAUUACAACAUUUUAAUGACCACCAUUGACAUUUACAGUACACGUCUUAAACCACACUGAGCUUCUGCUGUUUGUGGUCUGACAGUAUAGCCCUCUAACAGAGGCAGUGGAAAUGUCACAGAGAGUGAUUUAACGGGACCAAAAAAAACAGUGUUUCUGACUCGUUGUUAGACAAGUUACAAAUUUACAGAAACAAAUAUGCCAGAAGUAUCUACAUGGCUAUUUUUGUGUAAAGAGGCUCAAUAAGAGGUAGGUUCAUUAUAAACAAAAACAGAAGAAACCUAUAUUUUUGUUUGGCUUUGUACACUUGUUUGGACUGUUGUGGAAAAAUUAUAUGUAAAUGAGAUAUUUGAAUGUGCAGCCCUAAGCUUUUUUUAGAUCUUCUGGAUCAAUGUAAAUUAUUGCAGCACUUUCUGUGUUGAUUUUGGUCUUUUAAGGAUGACUGCUUGUUGUAAAUUUGGUAAGAAUUCAGGUCAGAUUUUGUUGUCAAAUGAUUACAUACUCUGUUAUUUACGAGAACAAAAUUUGAAUGAUCAAUAUUCCUUAAAUUAUGUUAUAGUUUUCUAGGAUCAUUUGGACACUUAACUUAUAAAACCUCAUUAACUCAAGUUUCUUAACAUGUUUAUUUUUAUAGUUGACUUGUAACUAGGAAAGGAUGUAUGCACUGAUACUAUUUUAUAUAUAUUACUGUAAUAUCUGAGUACCUGUAAGAUAUAACAAGCCUUUUAGAUUGCUAUUAGAUUGUCCUGUAUUCAAUUUGACAGUCAGUGAUUAUCUGCCUUCAUUAAAACUCGUAAUAUUAUAGCAAGUGAAACUCUGUGAUGUUCCACAUCUUGGCUUGAGGAGUUUUUCUCUGACUUAAUUAUAAUUAUAAUUAUAAAGUCGGUAGAACCUCCCCUCUGUGUGGAUUACUUGAUUGUUUCCAUGUGUGUUAUAGAUACUAAGGUAAAGGACGUUGAAUCUGAGUGUUGUGCUUUCCUCGUAGAUUGAUGAGUCUUACUUUAAUUGGAGGUGUAUUGAACUCAGAGUAGAGCUUUGUUACAGAUUGUUGGUAGCUGCACAAAUCAUUCAGAAUUGGCUCGUGGAGUGGCAAAUUGAGCGAUCUUCAAAGAUCAAAUCUCUUUUAAAGAAGCUGCUUUGAUGUUUUUGAGGUCUAAUUUGUUAUUGUUGAGCUUUUAAAAGGUUCUGAAAAAGCUGUAAACUUGACUUGAAAGAACCCCGGCUUCAGUUUUCAUGUGGACAAAGCAGCUGUAUUUUGUCCUGUACGUUUUUCCCCUUAAACAAUUUCAACCAGCUGUCCUUUAAUAGUGAAUUUCUUUUCUCUUGAUAAUAAGUAGUAACCAUAGAAGAAGUUAAAUAAGUCUGUGCCACAAAUUUGUCUGAAUCCUACUCUGUUGCAGCUUUUAAAAAUCAAUUCAAAUUUUCUUAUUUAUGUUCUUUUGCUAGUGUUUCAUAUCCAGACAUUACUGUAUCGUCAUCACUCUAUAUCUCUGUGUCAAUAUUCACAAGUCACACAUCGGAUCUCUGCAUGUGCGGCAUAUUUGCAAACCUGUCCUCUUCCUGUUUGUUUAGGAUGCAGCUCGUCAGCCAGACAGGAAGAGAGACAGUGAGCAGAUGGCAGCAGGGAGCUCAGACGACCAAACAGCAACAAGCAGCACCAACGACAGCAGUGAGAAGACUGAAACAGGUAGAUGAGUGCCUGAACUAGCACUGAAACAUUUUGCUUUUUUGCUUUUGCAACCUUCAUCUUAAAAGUAAAAUAUCAAUGGGAAGAAUGUGAUUGUAGGUAAUGUGUGUCCUCUUCUAAUCCUGUCUUUGGUUUUGCCUUUUUCUAGCCACAGAUGGUGCAGUGGGAGGAGCAGAUGGAUCCACACAACCAUCUGAGGAGCAACUUGGAGAACCUGUACUGAAGAAGCUGAGGACAGAAGGGUAGAGAGAACCUUUCUUACUUUGCUGUGAAUGUAGAUGUGCUAAGAAAUCAUGCCCUUACAUCACAUCAUGAGUUGAAGGGUAACAAACCGCCCUCACAGAAAAGCAGAAAACAAUUGAAGAGAAAGUUUUGGAAAUUUAACUACUCAGCUUUUCUUUUCUCUUUCUGUUCCUAAACUCUCGGCAUGUGUGUCUCAGGUCGGAGGAGCCUAAAGGACAGUGCGUCGUUGAGACUGUUGCUAUUCCUGAUACGGAUGGUGAUGUUCUUUCUUCAGAGUCUAAUAGCAACACAGAUGACAGCCAGCCUGGAGGUAAACCAAACAGAAAUGUAGAGUAGAGGCUCUUGAAGUGCUCAUUGUAUCAAAGUGAAGUUGAGAUAAAAGCCUCAUGCAUCUGGCCUUUUUUUCCCAGACUGCAUCAUGAUGGAGGAAGGAGGCUCCACAGCGGGAUCAGAUGUUGUCGAAGGGUUGGAGGUGAGCAGAGCUGCCGAGGUGAUCGCUUUGUCAGUGCCAUCCCCAUCUGUGAGGCUGAGUGAAGAGGACCAGCAGGUGGAUCUGCCUGUGGAGGAGAUGCCAGGAGUCAAAGAUGCUCCUUUGGCUUCACCAGACAAUCAAGAAGAAGGAGACGAGAACGUGGCAGACGGAGCCAACAAGUUCUACUGCUACCUCUGCGGGAUUACCUGCCACAACCAGCAAGUAGGUUGAACAUGCACACACAUUAACAUCAAUCCAUGCAGCAAGAUGAUCUAGACUUCCAGCUCUGGGGUGUCAUACAGGCCUGGAAAACUCUCUACAUCUGUCAGCUGCUUGUAUCCGAAAUCUCAAUGUUUUAAUCACUGCUUAGAGCUUAUAACCACAGGGAGUGAUGGGCAGUAUGACGGUUUAUACCGUGUGACGGCAUAAAAAAUUAUGAAAUUACCCAUACUGCGAUAUAAGAUUUCGUUCAUACUGCCCAACACUAACCACAGGUGAGAGUCAGAGCAUAGAUUGAUCGGUAAAUCUGAAGCUUUGUCCUGGUAAAACAAAAGUCGAAAGCUAGUGCAGCACCAACCUGCCUGUCAGUCUCACAAUCUGUUUUACCCUCACUUGUAAACAAUACCCCAAGAUACUUGAACACAGCCCAAUGCAGCACCCACUGGAGCCAGAUUCCUGUGGGUCCACAACCCACAGCGUUAGGCAUGGUGCUUUCCCGGCUGGGCAACAGAGGGAGGCGGAGACUAGGGAGUGAUGACGUGGAACAUCACACAGCUACAUAUCUGAAUGUAAAAUGUGUGAAAGAGGAUUAGGGCCACAUGAAAAAAAAAAAAAAUUAUAGUGAUGAGAUUAAAGUUGAAAUUUCGAGAUUAAUGUCGAAAUUUUGAAAUGAAAGUCGGCAUAAAUAAAGUCGAGAUUUUGUGAAAUAAAUCAAAAUUUCGAGAUUACAAUCGAAAUUACGAGAUUAAAGCCGAUGCAAAUAAAGAUGGGAUUUCAUGAAUAAAGUUGUAAUGUUGAGAUUAAUGAAUCAACAGCAUUGUCGCUCGUCACUCAACAACACGUCCACUGCAGAACAGUUUGUAAAGCUGUACUUUUAAAUUGGAUUUAGUAACGAGUAAAUCCUUGUUCUUUAGCACACAAACACAGUGUGGUCAUAAGUUUUUCAGACUCUAAAAAAAAAAAAAUCUGUUGAAGAUUAUGAUGCUGAUGCAGGGUUAUCGUUGUUACACCUGCGUGCUAUACAGGGAGGCUAUAUGUUGUAUCACAAAUUACAAUAAGACAACUGAUCAAGUUGAUUGAUCCUGACAACCCCGGCGUCUGAGGCACAGGCAUAACCGAAGCUGAGGACCCAAUGCGCUCUGGCAUAUGGAUGGCUACGACAAAUUUAAGCCAUACCGCAUUUCAUUUUGACUUUUUAAAAAAAUGUUACUUUCAUCUCGAAAUGAAGACUUAAAAAAUCUUCUUCCUGUAAUUGUUUUUUUUCUCUUCUUGUGGCCCUAAUCCUCUUUUGUUAAAAUGUUAUCUGAUCGAGUAAACUGUUCCUUUUUUGUUUGUUUUUGUUUUGUUUUUGCAGAACUUCAGGAGUCAUAUGAACAGUAUGUCUCACCAGCAGAGGAUGAUGGAAAUCCAACAUAUGAGCAACGCUUGUCUGGUCACCCUGCUGCCACGUGUGCAGGAGUCCCUACAGGGAGCAAUCAAAGACGGGUCUGUUUAAAAACACACCAUCAGGCAUUUUGUCUUCUUCGAAAGGCCUCAACUAGUUAGAAACAGUUAUGUAUCAUCUAAUUUUAAUAUUCGCAGUGAGAAGAAAGCAGACAAGAAGCACUGGUGUGCAACCUGUCACAUCCACUUCACCAGUAGUAUUACAGACCACCGUCGCACCAAGGAGCACAAAGUAAUCAGCUGCACACUUCAUAGAUGAGCCCAUUGACACAGUGUAAAUAAGUGAUAUUGUUGAAACUACUCUUUGGGAAUAAAAAGUAAUGAUGUGGUGUCGUCUGUCUCUCCCUUCAGCUUGCUAGCAGGGCAGCAGUCUCCUCAUGCACGGUCUGCAAGAAACACUUCAGGACCUCCCAGAUCUUUGUGGAACACUUACAGUCCCUCGAGCACAGGCAGAAAGUGGAGAAGGUAUCUGUGUUUAUAUUCUGUAUUUAGAAGAUCAAUUAAACCAGAAGUGUUAGUUAAGAUAACGACUGUAAUCGCUGCUGCUCUUCAGCUCCAGGAGCAGGAAGGCUGUGAGGCAUUGGGCAACCUAACCGCCAUGGAUACAGACGGCUUUAAUCUAGAUGAGGUGGAGGGCAGUGAAGUGGAAGAGGAGGGAGAGGAAACACAUGGGGAUGAAGGAGACCAAGAAGGCUCUGAGAAACAGGUGAUUUGCAUGGUAUUUGUUUUUGUUUGUGGUUCCACCAGACGACACAAUGGACACUAUUUGCAUUUGAAGAGCUGGCUCGAUUUAGUUUGGCUGUUCUCAGCAUCCUGAAAUAACCAGAGUGUUAAUUUUCCUGUUAUACACUUCAUCCAUUGUUAUGAUCAACAAAAACACUACCUCACAUUUACUUUAUGGAAAAAAAAAUAGUGCAGUUUUGGCAUCUUUUUGCUUUAAUUUGUAAGGUCUUUGGGCUCCAAAACCUGUAUCUGAACUUUGUGGUAUUAAUGGUGCCUACCCAGAUGUAUAAGUUACCCAUGUUCUGUGGAAAUAAAGAGCAUAAUUAUGCACGGGCACUUAUGCAUCCCCAUACCUUCACAGUUUAUCAACAGUCUUAUCAGUGCUCCUUAAAUAGAGGGUGGUCAUGGAUGCUGCGUCCAUGAUUUCCAGAAAGAAUGUUAGAUUUUGAUCUGCCUGACAGUUUUCCACCUCAUGUCAGUCCAUCUGAAAUGGGCCUAGAGAAGGUGCUGGCAUUCACCGACUAUGUAUAUUCAGGGUUUCCUCUUUGCAUGGAAUGGUUUUGUCAAGCAGUGUUCAGAGACGAUGAAUUUCAGUUGUAACAUUGAGCCUGUGCAGUGAUUUCCACUGCAGAGUCAUGGCUGUUUUGAAUGAAUCUGAAAAAAUCCGAUUACCAAUUAAUUGGCAGAUUUUGUAAUAAAAAAUAAAUAUAUACUGUAGGCUACUGCUCUUCACGCUGACAGGAAGAGCGACUGGUCAAACUCGGACCAGAAAAGCGUUUUCAACCCAGCGCCGAUCAGUGCCUCCGCGUCUUAACUCACUUUACUCAUUUCCAGUCCAGUCUUAUCUGGCGACAUGCAGCUGCCUCAGUAAGAGAAGUAGCUCGAUCCCGUAACGUGUACUGUUGUUUAUUUUACUGUUACUGGCACGGCUAACAGUGUAGCAAGGCUAAUAGCAGAUGGCUAACUCUAACUUUAGCUUACUUGAUCCUUCACCGUUAACUCGGCGUGACCGAGACCAGCACAGCAGGGAACAUCGUGAAGUGGGUUGAACUGAAACUUGUUGACUUACUAUAAGUCGGGGAACUUUUCAAAUGGCGGAACAUUUUCGAAGUGAAACCGAAUCUUAUUCUCCGCAUUUUAUUUCUGAUAAUAUCGGCAAAAAUCUGCGAGUUUUGGGCGAUUACCGAUUAGUCUCAAAUGGGCCCUAGAGGUCGGGUCGGGCCCUAGAGGAAACGGCAUAAACUGACAGGUUGAUGUUAAACUGUUACUACAUACCAAACUCUAUCAUCAGCUCAUAGUCUGUGAAUUUCUUCUUCUCCUUUUUUUUGGUCUCCUGGUGCAGGAUGGCUGGACCUCCUCCAACGAAGUAACUCUGAAGAAUAUGUCCGGUGAUGAGCAGUAUGACCCUGAUACGGUCUAUGGUGAGUGACUGGCUAGCUCUCGUCAUAAGAUUCAUGAUAACUACAUAAGAUAACAUUUGGGUAAAGUUAUUUCUUUUCAUCUCCUUUGUCUGUAGGGUCCAGUUUUUUUGUCCCAGUUGCAGGUUUCAUCUGCAGACUGUGCAACAAGUUUUACCACUUUGAGUCAUCUGCUCUUCACAGCCAUUGCAAGUCACUGAAGCACUUUGAGAACCUGAAGGUUUGUGUUUGUUGGCUUCACCUCUCUCACUCCUGCCAUCUAGUGGAUGAAAAGUGACCUAUUGGCAAGAUUGAAUUACUGUGGUGUUAUCAUUUUUAUCUUUUUAAAAAUCUACCAUGAGGUAUUAUAUAUACAAUCAAUAUUAUGUGGUUAUUUGUGUCCAGAUUUGUUGCUAAGCUUCAACGUCACAGUGCUUUUUAUGCUUUCUUCUGUUCCUUUAGAGGCACAAGGAAUUUCUGAGCAAAAAGGAUGAAGCUGCUGAAUCUCUUCAAGCAGCAGACAGCCUAAGACCUGAAACUGAAACCACAACGCACUGUUUGUUUGACGACUCUGGUUCACUGACAGACUCAAACUCAAAACAGCCCACUGUUAAACUCGCCCAACAGACCAAGACAGAAAACCAGCAACACAGAGAGGAAGUGAGGCCCAACUCAACCUCACAAGACUUCACCUCCACCUCAGCAACCAGCACAGACAGCACAGACCAAGAACUCGGACUUCACAGCAGAGAGGAAGAGACCGCUUCACAGCAGGAUUCUGUAGCUCCUACAGAACUUCUCUGGAGUCCCACAGAGUCCAGAGAGGAUGAAGAUGCAAAGCCAGCCUCUGCCGGUGAGGAGGAGGCGGAGGAAAACGAAGCUGCUGCUGCUGAAACAGGGAAAAAGAACGGCACAGGGAAGGCAAAAAACACAUCGAAACGCAGGUCAGGGAGGGCCACAAACAGACGCUGAGAGAUGUGAACAAGGAGGAAACCAGGUACAAGAGAAACCUUUGGCCAGGUGCUUUCAUUAAACAGAGACCAAGAACCAAACAACCCUGCCUCUGUCUGUGUCGGUCUCUUGGAGACUGAACAGGCACACCAAUAAAUAGAGAGUUUGAAUGAUGGUGAGUCACAGUGCAACAUGACUUCUAUUGGAGUACUUCUGUCAGGGUGGGAAAUUAACACCGUCCCAGUUUUCAAAUACAGGUAAAAUCUGUGAAAGCUGGUAAGUAUCUUUAUACCUGCUCCUUUUUAGAGAAGGACAUUCAAAGCUCCCUCCUAAUCAUGAGAUUUCCACCAUCCAACUGCCUUUUCUGUUUAAUAACAGCCAUCAAAACUGUUGAUGUUGCCUGAAAUGAAAUUAACAUUGUUUUAUGUAGAAGAGAGAAGCCCCUUCGACCAGUUACCCUGAAGU